AUGCCAGCUACUACCGCCGGACAAACUAAUGCAACCUGUUCGAAGGCCCUGGUACCUCGUCCUAAAAGACUAGAAGUCCCUCUACCAAGUCAGGGAGAAGAGCCUACACCUCUUCGGCAUAUGGUUACUAAGCUUGACCAAAUCACCAACUGGGCUCGUCAAGGCUCCUUAUGGCCCCUAAUGUUCGGCCUUGCAUGCUGCGGUGUAGAAAUGAUGGCUCUCUCCAUGCCUCGCUACGAUCUAGAUCGUAUGGGUAUCAUUUACCGGGCCUCGCCACGCCAGGCAGAUGUGCUUAUUGUUUCGGGCACGGUGACGAACAAGAUGGGCCCGGCUCUGAGGCUGCUAUAUGACCAGAUGCCGGACCCGAAGUGGGUGAUUAGUAUGGGCAGUUGUGCGAAUGGAGGAGGGUAUUAUCAUUAUAGCUAUAGUGUUGUUAGAGGCGUGGAUAGGUUGGUUCCUGUGGAUGUGUAUGUGCCUGGAUGUCCGCCGACGGCAGAGGCAUUUAUGUAUGGAAUUUUGCAGUUGCAGAAGAAGAUUUCGAGACAGAGGACGACGAGGAUGUGGUAUAGGAAGUAG